UCUCGAUUGACCCUCCUCCCAUAUCAGGACAAAUACCACGAGCGCUUCUGCCCCCACGCACACCACCUUUUGCGUCGUGAACCCUGCCCGGGGCAAAAGACAUCCGUUUCAGCAUGGCAAUCACAAGCAAAGGGUGCCAGACCUGCAAGCUGCGACGAAUCAAGUGUGACGAGGGCAGACCAAUUUGUGAGCGAUGCACCAAGUCCCGUCGUGUGUGCCUGCCCACGGAUGCGGUCAAGCAAGCGACGUUCUCGAUCCAUGUCGAGAACCGCUACGCGAGCGGCGAGGUCCAUCGCCCUCGAGGCCCUCGGUCGAGUUUGACCAUGCUCCGACCGCAGAUCAACAUCCAAGCCUGUGCCCUCGCGUUCUACCUCCGCAAUUACGUCGAGCCCACGGAAAAGCACCCACGUUUAAGCACCUGCGUGGCCGAAUCGCUACUGGCGUGGCGCGAGUCCAGCCGCCACAGGACGUGCCCCAUGGUCGACGCCGGGCUCUCGUCCCUCGCGCUGGCAGUGUUUGCGAGGACACAAAAGUCCGACGCGGCCGCCACAGGAGCCUCGUCAGCGUACCACCGGCUUCUGGGCUUGGCCAGGGGCCGCAUCCGGACCGUCGUCGGGCCCGACGUCGACCAGAGGAACGUCGAAGCUUGUCUCCUCACGGUGUUGUUGAUGGGUCGCUACGAGGGAUCCGUGCACCGUCCAGGCAUGCUGACGACUUCAUCUCCUUCUUCUCUUUCCGCGCCCCGAGAUUCGUUCAUGAGCCUCCGAAGCUGGCUGCACCACGACGGAGCACUGGCCAUCCUGCACGUGUGGAACGACCACCUGAGCCAGUUGGACGACGCGGCGAGCUGCAUCAUCAAGCACACCCGUCGAGGCUUGACGCUGUCCGCUCUCCUCAGAGGCAUCCCGCUGGCGGAUUGGCUUCUCGACGGCGAGCGGUUCGGAGAACGGGAUUUGGAUCUCGACUACGACCGCAUUCUCGUGCCGACGGUCAAUCUACGCUACGCCGUGAAUCGGCUGUUGCUGAAGGGGCAGGCGGGUCGUGACGCCGCCGCCGCCGCCAGCGAUCUGUCCACGGCUGACGAACUCGACGCGCACGCGAAGAAGCUAGACACAAUGUUGGAAGAGUUCGCCACCAAGAUCCCCUUUGCCGGAUCCCGACGGCGCUUCUUCCUCGGUGAACAAGCGCGAACCUGGUCGACUUGGCCCCAAAAACACUUCUUCACCCCCUUUGUGACAACGUACGAGGAUCAGGGCUACGCUGCCCUCUGGGCGCUGUACUUUGCGGCCAGGAUCCUGGUGAACAGUACACGUCUGAAGAUCCUGCGGUUACAUCCACCCUCUUCCGACAGGGAGAUGAGGUCGGCGUACGAUCAGGCACGAACAGAGUGCCUCAGCAAUAUUCACCUCAUGGCCGGUGACCUGGCCUCGGUACACCCGUUCGUCUUGGACAGGGUGGUCGAAUCCACGACGACAGACCCCGCCACAAGCAGGUGUGGCUCGGAUCCGCCUUCGUCUGCGUUUUCGCUCGUCGUGAAGACCGACGAACCCGUCAGGCCGCAUUUGGCCACGUUGAUGGUGUGGCCGCUGUCCGUGGCGGGGAGCGUCGAAGGCGUUGGUGCGGACCGGCAACGUUGGUUCCGCUCGGAGCUUUCGGAGAUCGGGAGGAUCGUGGGAGAUGGGAUCCUCGAGUGUGCAGAGACGGAGCAUUGGGUAGUAUUGUGAAGAUGAACUUGUGGAUACCCUGUUCUCGCUCCUACGACCUCUCUGCCACACUUUGUCAGCGAACGAAUCGCACGGUGGCACACGCCGACGGGGACGACAGCAUUUCUUCAUCGGGAAACAUUUUUGAUUCACGAUCCCACAGUGUGAGGCAAAUUCGGAGAAGGUCAUCAUCAUAGGGCACUACUUGUUUGUAUGUCGUACAGACUCUUUCCCCCCCCCUGUCUCUCUGUCCUCCAGAGUUCUUUUUGCACUUGCAAACACAAAAGGGCCCCUGAAAGAUAAGAAUCAUGCCGGGAAAUCUUUUUCGUUUUUGGCCAGUCCCGAUUUUCCGUUACAACGCCAAACGCUACAAUAAAGAGGAAAACAGGUAUCGCCGCUUUCCACACCGUACUGGGAGAAUGACAGAAGAUCAGUUGGCCCAACCCUUGCUCAUCUCCACGGCCUUUUCCCACCGAGCAAAGCGCGACGCACUCUCCUCCUUGGAGAUGGCAGGCUUGAACGUCGUGACGCCCUCGGUGUUGACGGCCUUGAGCUCGUCGAUGCUGUCCCACACACCUACGGCGAGACCGGCCGCGAUGGCAGCUCCUAGAGCCGUGGUCUCGCGCAUCGCCGGUCUCUUGACGGGGAUGCUGAUCAGAUCGGACUGCGUCUGCAUGGUGAGGUCGGAAUUGCACAUGCCGCCGUCGACGGCCAGUUCCGUGAGCUUGUGGCCCGAAUCCUUCUCCAUGGCCACGAGAAUGGCUUUUGUCUGGAAGCAGGUGGCCUCGAGUGUGGCACGGGCAAUGUGCCCUCUGUUCGUGAACGCCGUGAUUCCAAAGAUGGUCCCUCUGGCGUCAUCGAUCCAGUAUGGCGCGAACAAGCCGCUAAAGGCGGUGACGAAGGUGACACCGCCGUUGUCGUCGACCGUCUCGGCCAACUGGCUGAUCUUGCUCGAGUUCUCGAUGAAGCCAAAGUUGUCGACAAGGAACUUGACGCUGGACCCGGCGACGGCGAUGGACCCUUCGAGCGCGUACAUGGGUUUACUGUUGCCGCCAAAGUCGAAGGCCACGGUGGUCAACAGGCCGUGGGUCGAGAUGACGGGCUUCUCACCCACGUUGUAGAGGAUGAAGGAGCCCGUGCCGUACGUGUUCUUGCCCAAGCCGGGGGUAAAGCCCUUUUGGCCGACGAGCGCCGCGGACUGGUCACCAAGGCAGCCGGUGAUUGGGACGCCCUUGAGCACCGUGGAAGCAAGAGAGCCAUAUGCGGAUGGGUCGGAGGAAUGCACAAUCUUGGGGAAGUGCACCUUGGUGCGGUCGAUACGGAAGAAAUCGAUGAGUGACUCGUCGUACUUGAGAGUCUUGAUAUUCAUGAACAUCGUCCUGCUGGCGUUGGAAGGGUCGGACACAAAGAUGUUUCUCUUGAGGCCUGAAUGAAGAGGAUUAAUGUCAAAAGCCCAAAAUGACACAAGCUAGUUAUGAUAGGAAUAAAAUUGCUUACCUCCG